AUCUUCUCAGCUGAGCAAAAUAAACAUGGCGGCGAGGUCACGUCCUGGAGGCGGGGAGUGAGACUUACCCAGCAAUAAUACGCGCACCUUGCAUCAAGUGGGGCUGAAUAUUGUUUACCGAAGCAACAAACGGUAGAGGAAGUUGAUGAGUUCGCCACAAGGGAGCCCAGACCCCGCCGGGGCCAAGGAGGGCGCCAGUAAUGAGACUAUAGGUAAUGAGGAAGAGGCUGGAGUGCAACCAGAGCAGGCAGGGUCCUCUUGGCCACACCCACAAGACACGGACAUGAAGCGAGCAGCUGCCCAACUCAUAGAAAAAUACUACUUCCAGCUGACUGUUGGAUGUGGUAAUGCUCACUGUGAUAACCCCAACUGUGCCUCCUCUGGCAAGGUUGGUACCCUGACAAGUAAUGAGGCAGCUGGGAAGGCACUCCAACUAUGUGCUGCCCGUGCCAGACUGUGUGAGGUGGUAGGUGCCAAGGUUCGCCGGGCUAGUCAGUCCCUGACACUGGAGUCAGGUGUUGCUUCCUCUGUGUCUGGGAAGGGCCACAGCUCUGCCUCAGGAAACACUGCCACAUGUUCCCUGGUGCAGGAUGUCAACAUGGCCAGUGUGUCCACCCCCAGUUCUGCCCUACCCCCUCUCUCCCCCCUGGUGGAUGGUCUGAACACGGCCACGGGCCUCACCGAAGAGACGCUCGUCCACACUAUAGCUGAGUGUCGCAGUUCUAACAAUUACGCUAAACUUAGACGAUUGUUGUGGGCAGUAUUUUCAAAUGAAAUUGCCCUCAGACACAGCUUUAUACAGAGAUCUGAACCUGUAGAGAAAAAGAGUGAAUUGCUAGUUAGGAACAAAAGUAAAGACAAUGGGGAUACCCAGAGCAAGGAGGAGAUCCGAGCACAGGAGGGAGACCUGGACAAGGAUCUGGACAGUGCCGAGGACACUGCUUGAGGGGGAAGUAGCGCGUCUGCUGAGGCGACCCCUGAGGGAGACACCAAAGAGCCAUGUAAAGAUUUUGUCACUACUCCAAAUUCAACUGCCUUAGAUGUCAGUGAGGUGCGACGGGCAUACGCGGCACUGUUUGAAUGCCCUGAGGCGGAAUUCAGCAGCACCCUGACCAAUGCGGUGGUGCAGCUCCUAUCGGACUCUCUGGGUAUCCAGCUGCGUGUGUAUAAGGAUGCCUUUGCUGCCAUACCCAACAACAUCAAUAUCUUUAUCAUCCUGUUGGAGAGUCCAGCACUCAACACCACCGACUUCAUUGAGGGCGUGAUGCCCAGCCUGUGCCGCACCAUUGGCCAGCUACCCGAGAGGGAUCAAGCACACCUCACCCGCCACCUGGCCUCCUGGGAGGCUCCCCGCCUGCACCGUCUGUUGGAGAGCCUUCACCAGCUCAUCACCAUCCGCCUCCUCACCACUGAGUUUAUACAGGACUUCACCAUCAAUGAUGAGGAAGCCAUCACUUCUGCCACACAAGUCAUGAAGCUUCUCUUCUACGCCAGCAUCCUUGGCGGUAAGAUGGACACCCCUCUCCUACGGGACCUGCCAGCAGAGGAUCCCACCCUGGAGUCAUCUACCCAUGAGGAUCCCUUCAGUAGUGUAGGCAAAGACUGGGCUGCCCGUCCCCCACCCAAAGACUCCUUAGGCUCGCUGCUAGGCAUACACGUCUUGGAUGCCCGAACACCCCUUGUGCCCCUGUCUGAAUUCUAUGACGACUUCUUGAGUGACCAGCUGGAGAUGGAUCGGGACUUUGCACUAUACAAGGCGGGCAGCAGUGACAAGUUCAGCUUCCUCCACUACCCCUUCAUCCUGACACCAGCCACCAAGGCACUGGGCCUCUACUAUGACAACAGGAUACGCAUGUACUCAGAGCGCCGCAUGAGCAUAUACCAGCAGGUGAUUGAGGGUAUGGCAGCUAACCCCUACCUGAAGCUGAGGGUGCGGCGAGACCAUAUCAUUGACGAUGCCCUGGUGGAGCUGGAGAUGGUGGCACUGGACAAUCCUGGAGACCUGAAGAAGCAGAUGGUGGUGGAGUUUGAGGGGGAGCAGGGCAUUGAUGAGGGAGGCUUGAGUAAAGAGUUUUUCCAGUUGAUUGUGGAGCAGAUCUUCAACCCAGAUUAUGCCAUGUUUUGCUUCAACAAUGAGAGUCGCACCUUCUGGUUCAACCCAAACUGCUUUGAGAAUGAUGCACAGUUCACACUGGUGGGCAUCGUGCUGGGUCUGGCCAUCUACAACAACGUGAUCCUGGACGUGCACUUUCCACCUGUCAUGUACAAGAAGUUGUGCAGCAAACCAGGCUCCUUCCAUGACCUGCGGGACUGGAACACGACGCUGUACCGGAGUUUGGUGGAGCUGCUGGAGUACGAGGGUGAUGACUUAGAGGAGGUGUUCAUGCAGACCUUCCGUGUGGGAUACCAAGACGUGUUUGGCACCAGCCUCACCCAUGACCUGAAGACUGAUGGGGACAACAUUCUCGUCAGCCAGGCCAGCAAACAUGAGUUUGUGGAGUUGUAUGCUGACUUCCUCCUCAACAAGAUGGUGGAGCGGCAGUUCCGUGCCUUUCGUCGGGGCUUCAACAUGGUGACUGAUGACUCACCGCUAGUCAACCUCUUCAGGCCUGAGGAGCUGGAGCUGCUCAUAUGUGGCUCCCAGCACUACGACUUUAUGGAGCUGAUGAAGUCAACAGAGUAUGACGGUGGCUACACUAGUGAGACUCCCAUCGUGCAGGCCUUCUGGGAGCUGGUGCACGACAUGACCACCGAGGACAAGAAACGUCUCUUGCAGUUCACCACGGGAUCGGCCAGGGUGCCUGUUGGGGGCCUGGCCAGACUGAAGCUCAUCAUUGCAAGACAUGGCCCGGACUGUGACAGGUUGCCAACUGCUCACACCUGCUUCAAUGUUCUUCUUCUUCCGGAAUACUCGAGCAAAGAGAAACUGAGGGAUCGUCUGUACAAGGCCAUCAAGUAUGCUCAGGGCUUUGGAAUGCUCUGAGGAAAGCCGUUAUGGAAAAGUGUGUUGCCCAGCCAGAUAUGCCUUGCUUCAGUUCAACAUGAUGCAGAUUAGAAAGUUAAGUUGCCUUGAUGAAAAUCAGUGUACAAAUUAAACAAUAUAUUCUUAUUCAUUGCAAAAUUUUGCAUGGCAGAAAAUACUACCAUGGUAUGACUUCAUAUUUUCCUAUUUUAUAUGAGAGCUGAGAUCCUUUAGUGUUUGUGGCCUUUGCAGGAUAUAAGUGUAUCACUUAUCACACUUGUGCACUGGCGGCACUGUGCCAUUACUUCAUCGUGGGCUGUUGUGCAUCACGGCAUUGGCUAUUCAAGACGGGCUUUGUUCCCUGCAGCUAAAUGGAUGCUUCCUUUCUUUAAUGAGCUGAAGUUUUUAAAGUUUUAUUGCAUUUUGCAGAUGUUGCAGUUUACAUUAUGUAGAAUUUUAGACUGUAGAUAAAUAAUUUUUCAAAUUUGUUUACUCAUAGGUUCCAUAGACACGUUAUUUUUUUAAUCCAUUUAGACCUCAUAGGUAUUUAAAAGUUAUGAAAAAUGCUCAGAUUGUUAAGUAAAUGCUAGAAUAUCACCACCUAUGAAGAAAUCUGAAGCACCUGGUACUAUUGUGACUAAAUUCCACUAAAGAUUUGUACAUAACAUAGCGUGGUGAGAUGAAGAUGUGCGGUCACCUGUUACAUAGAAGGCUGUGCUGUGCUACAGUGUAACCAGACUAUAGAUAGAAUCCACACGCAUGUAACUGUUUUGUAUCAUUUGUCCAUACUUUGAGAUCCCAAGCAUUACCUACUUACUGAUCCUGAGGCUAAUGUACCAAGCAGCACUGUUUUGCUGUUGAAGGUUUAUACAUUUUGUAUGUGAUACUUGAAUGAUAAGUGUAAAUAAAGACAGCAAAAUUCGCGCAUAAACUCA